GUCCAGUCAUUCGAGGAAAAAGCGAUGGGUUGACGCGUAAUUUAUGCUUUCGGGGUGAGCGGGGUGGAGGGAUUCGCUGAAAGGCACGAGAAGGGAGAAAGCUGCUUCCUGCCUUCCUCAGUUCCUCUACUCUGUUCCGUCUUCCUUCUAAUCAUCAACAGGCCAAACAUCAAACCCUUAGUUACAGAAGGUCUCAAUUUAAGGUGCGUUGGAGAAGAACGUCGGGGGUUUCAAACUCGAGUUUUCAAGCUACCUCUUGCUUUGACUUUGAUUGCACACUGAUUCCCAAGUCGUCUCACGCAAUUACUGCGCCCCAUUAAGGUAACUGAAACGUAAGGCCUGGGGGUUCCAUCUGAGCGAGGAAACAGUAGUUUCGUUUUUUCUUUCAUCGCUUUUUCAGAAUUAAAUUUCUGUACAUGGUUCUCUCUUCUAUGAACAUUUAAUGAUAUUGAUAGCUUCCCAACGACGCGUAAAUCUUUUGCUUUAAUUUCUCGAUUAAUGGUGCGUGGCAUUUGAAUUUGCUUUCGAAUCGGGGCUAAUUUGAGAUACUUUAUACAUCGCAGCGUCGAAAUAUCCUUUUUCCACUGUAAUCAGCACAAACAUAUUGUGAAGCGGGAAGAAUUGUUCGAUCGAUCUACAUCAUCUACUCUAGUUAUGUGGACAUGUGAUGAGAAGUACUCUGUUUAGAAUCGAUAGCUCAACUCCUGUUGAAGAUGAUUCUUCACCACACAACCGUCGCUCUAAUCUUCGCAAUUUCGAUCAUCUCGUCGAGUACCGCCGAUAACUCGACUCACCGUGAUCAAUCGUGCGGAGGCAUCCUCCAGUACCCCUUUGGGUUCUCGGACGGUAGUGGAAUCCGCCUGAACUGCUCCCACGACGGCACCAUCCGCAUCGGCGAAUUUCUGGUUCAGAAUGUGACCUCAGAUAACAUCUUGAUCGAUCUGCCGGCGAGUUGUAGCCGUCCGAUCGAAAGCAUCUUCCCUCUGUUCAGCAAGAAUUACGCUCUCACAAUGCAAAACGGCCUUGUUGUACACAACUGUUCCUCGCUGCGCACCAACUGCGUCCUACCGCCGGUUCUAAUUCAUAAACAAUUCGGCUCACAGAACUGCGGCGCGAGGCAGGACAAUUUGAGCUGCUUCUCGGGAGAUUACGAUGAAGGAGUUGAGUUGCUGAGUUACGAGACCGUGAAGGGAAGCGGGUGCAAGAGCUUGUUCUCAUCGAUCGCCGUAGAGUCGGACAGGAACUCGAGCGUUUCGCUCGAGUUUCAGACGGUACAGUUGGCGUGGUGGUUGGGAGGGCCUUGCCGAUGCGCCGAAAACGCAACCUGCACGACAGUUAAUCUUACCAACGGCACAUCGGGUUUCCGGUGCCACUGCAACAAGGGGUUCCGGGGAGACGGGUUCCACCACGGCACCGGCUGCCGGAGAGUUUCUGAUUGCAAUGCAUCGAAGUACAUCUCUGGCGGAUGUGGAAAACCUGCCAAAAUCGGUGUUCUCAUUGGAGGCAUCAUUGCUGGAGCUUCUCUAAUGGCUGGUUUGGCUUUUAUCUGCUUCUGCAUCAGACGACGGUGCAUUUCUUUGAAAAAUCGAAUGUGCGCAAAGCAACUUUUGUGUGCUGCUGCAGGCAAUUCUUGUGUUCCUUCGUUACCCUACAAGGAAAUCGAAAAAGCUACUAAUAGCUUCUCUGAAAAACAAAGGCUGGGAACUGGGGCUUAUGGCACAGUUUAUGCUGGGAAACUCCAUAAUGGUGACUGGGUUGCCAUAAAAAGGAUCAAGCAUAGAGACACUGAUAGUAUUGAGCAGGUCAUGAAUGAAAUCAAGCUCCUUUCUUCCGUGAGCCACCCAAAUCUAGUCCGCCUCUUAGGUUGCUGUAUAGAGGAGGGUGAACAGGUCCUUGUCUAUGAAUUCAUGGCCAACGGGACUUUGUCUCAGCAUCUACAAAGAGAAAGGGGUCAAGAUCUUCCAUGGACAAUAAGGCUCACCAUUGCCACUGAAACUGCUCAUGCUAUUGCACAUCUCCACUCGACCAUAAGUCCACCAAUAUAUCACAGAGACAUCAAAUCCAGCAAUAUACUUUUGGACUACAACUUCAACUCAAAAGUUGCAGAUUUUGGCCUUUCUAGACUUGGCAUGACUGAAUCGUCCCACAUCUCAACCGCUCCACAAGGGACUCCUGGUUAUCUUGAUCCUCAAUACCAUCAGAAUUUCCACCUCUCUGAUAAAAGUGAUGUUUACAGUUUUGGGGUAGUUCUUGUAGAGAUCAUAACAGCUUUGAAAGUGGUUGACUUCUCUCGACCUCAUAGUGAGGUAAAUUUGGCUGCACUUGCUAUUGACAGGAUUGGGAGAGGAUGUGUGGAUGAGAUAAUAGAUCCGUUCCUUGACCUGCAUAGGGAUGCUUGGACACUUUCAUCCGUUCACAAGGUGGCUGAGCUUGCAUUUAGAUGCCUUGCUUUUCAUAGAGACAUGAGGCCUUCGAUGAUGGAAGUGGCAGAGGAGCUAGAGCACAUCAGGCUCAGCGGGUGGGCACCUCUGGAGGAGAACAUGUCCAUGGCAUCUUCUGUGGCAUCCGCUUGUUCGUUGCCAUAUAAUGAUGAGAGCGAGAAGCCAACAGGUAGUAUGAGAGUGAAGGCAGAGGCAGCGAGCCAGAGAUUAUUAGUUCCACACAGGGCUGCCGAUUGUCUUACUUCAAUGAAGGAGGUGAAGGAUAACUCCCCCGUGUCUGUGCAUGACCCCUGGUUAAGUGAACAGAGCUCGCCUUCAACAAGUAGCUUGUUGGGUAAUGCAGUCCAGUGAGUCAGUGACCGCCCCUCCGCCUUUUGGGCGUUAGGCUUCAUGUAACUCUUGUGAAUAGUAGCGGUAUCUAUCUUUACGCUUCUUGGUUCUCAUUACUGCUAUACUCCUUGUAGCUCAGCCCAAGAAAAAAGAUAAUAAAAAAAGAAACUCACUACUGCUUAUAA